GCUCGCGGGGAUCGGCGCUGGCUCGGGUGCGGCGCUGCUGCCGGCGGGCUAUGGAGCACCGCAUCGUCGGGCCGGGGCCGUACCGGGCCACUAGGCUGUGGAAUGAGACAGUGGAGCUUUUCCGUGCGAGGAUGCCCUUACGGAAGCAUCGCUGUCGUUUCAAGAGUUAUGAGCAUUGCUUCACGGCGGCCGAGGCGGUGGACUGGCUGCACGAGCUGCUGAGGUGCAGUCAGAACUUUGGCCCUGAGGUGACUCGCAAACAAACGGUCCAGCUGCUAAAAAAGUUCUUGAAAAAUCACGUUAUUGAAGACAUCAAGGGAAAGUGGGGUCAGGAAGAUUUUGAAGACAACCGCCACUUGUACAGAUUUCCACCUUCCUCACCCUUGAAACCAUAUCCAAAGAAGCCUCUGUACCAAAAGGAGGUUAUUAAGUUUCCAGAAUGGAAUGAUCCCCCACCAGGCACGUCACAAGAGAACAUCCCCGUGAAGCCAGUUGUAAUGAAUUCUGAGAUGUGGUACAAGCGUCACAGCAUUGCUAUUGGCGAGGUGCCAGCUUGCCGGCUCGUCCACCGCAGACAGCUGACAGAGGCCCAUGUGGAAGAGAUAUGGAAGUCUAUGACCUUAUCAUACUUACAGAAAAUCCUUGGCUUAGAUUCCUUAGAAGAAGUUUUAGACAUCAAACUUGUCAACUCCAAGUUCAUCAUCCAUAAUGUAUAUAGUGUUAGCAAGCAGGGAGUCGUUAUCCUUGAUGACAAGUCAAAAGAACUUCCUCAUUGGGUACUGUCAGCUAUGAAGUGUUUGGCAAAUUGGCCCAACUGUUCUGAUUUGAAGCAGCCCAUGUACUUAGGAUUUGAAAAAGAUGUCUUUAAAACUAUAGCAGAUUACUAUGGUCACUUGAAAGAGCCUCUGCUUACAUUUCAUCUUUUUGAUGCUUUUGUAAGCGUAUUAGGUUUGCUACAGAAGGAGAAAAUGGCAGUGGAAGCAUUUCAGAUUUGCUGCCUCCUCCUGCCUCCCGAAAACAGGAGAAAGUUACAGCUAUUGAUGAGGAUGAUGGCAAGGAUCUGCUUAAACAAGGAGAUGCCCCCACUGUGUGAUGGCGUUGGCACCCGAACGCUGAUGGUUCAGACAUUUUCCCGUUGCAUCCUGUGUUCCAAGGAUGAAGUGGACUUGGAUGAGCUAUUAGCUGCUAGGUUGGUGACGUUUCUGAUGGACAAUUAUCAGGAAAUUCUGAAAGUGCCUUUGGCCUUGCAGACCUCUAUAGAGGAGCGUGUGGCUCAUCUACGAAGAGUCCAGAUAAAAUAUCCAGGAGCCGACAUGGAUAUCACUUUAUCUGCUCCAUCAUUUUGCCGUCAAAUUAGUCCAGAGGAAUUUGAAUAUCAAAGAGCAUAUGGUUCUCAGGAACCCCUGGCCGCUUUGUUGGAGGAAGUCAUAACAGACGUCAAACUCUCCAGUAAAGAGAAAAAGAAAAAACUGAAGCAGUUUCAGAAAUCCUAUCCUGAAGUCUACCAAGAACGAUUUCCUACACCAGAAAGUGAAGCACUUCUGUUUCCUGAAAAACCCAAACCCAAACCACAGCUGCUAAUGUGGGCAUUCAAAAAGCCCUUCCAACCAUUUCAAAGAACGAGAAGUUUUCGGAUGUAAUACUUCCACAGCAACAGGAGUUAGAGACCUGUUGUUUUGAGUGAUGGAUUCAGGUUAGAAGAAGGACUAUGUUGGUUGAAGAAAGAAAAGCAAAAAAUAUGGACUUCUGAAAUGUAGUUUAUAAAAGAUUAUCUGAUUUUUAAAAAUGUUGAGCCAGUAUCAGUAUUUUUAUAAAACUCAAUGCUAUUUUAAAAGUGUACAGAUUAAUAAAAACAAUUGAGUCAAAUAUGUAGUGGUAAUGUUAACAUAAUUUGUAAUUGUUACAAAAU